UUAGGACCAAAAUGGUAAAGAACUUUAAAUAAAGUUUCUAACAUAUCAUCAAACUUGUUUCUCUCUCUAUGAUCUCUGUUGUGCUCUCGUCAGUCGAUCUCCGAGAUGGAAAACGGAGAGGGGACUAAGGAGAACUUAACUUCCACGGUGUCCUCUCCUUUUGUUCCACUGGGAAAUGAGUUCUCAUGGCAAAGUCAGAAAUCGGAGGAUGGUGAUGACUUAACUGAGUACUCGUCAUGUGAUGCUGAGUCGGAAUUCGAGAGAUACUGCAGUGCUAACUCGGCCAUGGGCACUCCAACUGUUAGAGGUUCAGUUGUGACUGCAUUUCAUGAGUUUCCUGGAAGCUUCAAAUUAGGGGAUGACAGUUAUAGAGUAAAAAGUUUUAGGGGUUGUAAGAAGUUAUCAGAUUUUAGUGGGGUGGGUCCUUCUACUAGAGGAAGUGAAUAUAGUGGUGGAAAGCGUAGUGCACAAGAGGAGGGGUUGGUGGGUAUCGGAAAGGGAUUAGAUUUGUAUGGUAAUGCAGGAUUCAUGGAUGAGGAAACGUUUUUACAAAACAUGGAUAUGGGUGACGAAUGGUAUGUCAAGGAUGACGAAACGCUAAACAUGAGGAGUGACAAUGGUACUAAGUUACACUUUAACAGAAGUUCUUGUACAUCUGACGAAUAUAAGAACGGCGUACUCAUUGAAGGAGACACUGAAGCUUCGGGAGUUGGUAAUAAUUCAUUGGAAAUUGAAGCAGAAUUUCAGAGGGAUAUUGAAGCUGUAGAUGGGAGCUUGGAGGUGUCAAGUCUGCAACCUGGUGCAGCAACUGGUGGAGCUGAGUGUUUGGAUGAAAGUGAGACCUCCUCAAGAUAUGAGUAUUCAGAAGGCGAGGAUUCAAUGUUCGGAGGUAAUACAGAUGAUGAGAAGAAUGAUUCAUAUUUCAGGAAAGAAGUAAAACACUCACAUGAAGAACAUGACAAGAAUGGAUAUAAGCUAGUUAUGGGUUCUGCAGUAGCCUUUGGUUCAAAUGAUUGGGAUGAUUUCAUGCAAGAAAAUAGAGAAUUUACUCCGACUUUAAUGGUACACAAGGAACUUCAAGCUGAAAACCAACCAAGUAUUGAAAGUGAAAAUGGAUGUUUGAGUUCUGCUUCAACUGUCAAUGCUGAGUUUUCAAGUGUAGGUUUAACAAUGCCUAAAGAAAAGGAGAAAGGUACUCUUCUGCCCAGUUAUCAGGGCCAAGGUGGUAAUGAAUCAACUGAGCACACCACUACUUAUAAUGUGGAUCCUUUGAGUCUUCUAAACCAGGGGGAAGGAGAGAAUGCUGAAGGUGAGAAAGCGAUGCUUGUUAAGAACAAUGAAACAAGAAAAGUCAAUGAAUCAGCGGAGUUCCAUGACAAGUCUUCUGUUCACAAUAUGUUGCAAGUGGACCAUAAUCCCCAAAGAAAACCAGGAGAAGCCUCUUUGAUGGAGGGUGCUAAACUUAAGGUGGAAGUAUUGGAACCAACAGAUCAAUGUGUAUGUACUGAGGAAGUUAUUCACAUUACUGAUGAUCUUGUUUCUAGAAAAGCUGAGCCUGAGAACUUAAGAUUAUUGUUGGACCCUCUGUCUCGUUCUGCUACAAGCAAAAAUUAUCUGUCUAUGGAGCAUUCUGAUGAUAGAACAGUGGAACUAUCAGCAGACAAGAGCUCAUCUCCUUCAUCAGCAUCAGUGGCUGCUGAUGCUACAAGGACCAAACAUGGAACAAUGAAUAGUUCGUCCUCCGUCAAUUACUUGGAAGACCAUCUUACAUCAGGCAAGACACACAACCUUGAGUUGAACAAGUUCUAUAAUGAGGUUGUUCAUGAUAUGGAAGAAAUAUUGCUUGACUCUGGCGAAUCUCCUGGGUUUGCUCUUGGAAACAAGAUACAUCAUUCUUAUAUACCUCUUCCUUCUAGAGAUGGUGGUUCUACUGCUUCGACUUCUGUUACAUCUGAUGUUAGUCAUGAUACUCAACGCCCUCUGAGAUUCGAUAGAGUGGAGGUCGUUGGUGCAAGACAGAAGACGGGGGAUGUUUCACUUAGUGAGCGGUUAGUUGGAGUGAAGAAAUACACUGUUUAUAGAAUAAAAGUGUGGAGUGGUGAUGAUUAUUGGGAGGUUGAGAGGCGGUAUCGUGAUUUUUGUGCUCUCUAUCGUCAGUUGAAGAAGUCAUUUGCAGAUCAAGGCUGGAUUCUCCCACCUGUCUGGUCCGCCACUGAACGAGAAUCACGAAAGAUUUUUGGUAGUGCUUCACCUAAUGUUGUUGCUGACCGAAGUGUUCUCAUUCAAGAGUGUUUACACUCACUUCUCCAUGACAAGUUUCGUUCAGGUCCCCUCAAUGCUCUGAUUUGUUUCUUGUCCCCGUCAAAGGAUGUUCCUAAUUCUCCCGCUUCUGAUACAAACAUACCUCAGUCUCCAUAUUCUUCAAGAAGCACAAACAGAGGGGAUGUUUCCAGCUUGGGGCAAAAAAUAUCCCUAAUUGUUAAUAAAAGGCCUCUCAAAUCAAAGAAACAACUGCUAGAUGAGCAACAUUAUUCUUGUGCUGGUUGCUACAAAAGUUUUGAUGAUGGAAAGACUCGGAUACAGGAACUUGCACAGACACUGGGCUGGGGCAAGCCUCGUCUUUGUGAAUAUAGUGGCCAGUUGUACUGCUCUUCAUGCCAUACAAAUGAUAUGGCUGUCUUGCCUGCAAGAGUUCUGCAUUGUUGGGAUUUUAAUCAAUACCCAGUUUCUCAGCUGGCUAAGUCUUAUCUGGACUCUAUAUAUGACCAGGUAAUGAGAAAAUCAUGCUGAAAAGACUUGCCAAAC